AUGGCAACCCGCUCCCGGCCACCCUCUCGAGCCCGCUCCCCUAUCGAUCAGGGAGAGCUGGGACCCUUCCUUCCGCCAGCCUCCCCUGAGCUCGGCGAAGUAUCUCUCGAGCGGGUCAUCCGCCUUCUCUGGGGACUCCAAUCCCAGGUUGACCGCAUCGAGCGGACCCUCUUGGAGCAAGCCAAAGUUAGCCAAGAGGUUCGGACCAAUAUCGAAAACAUCUCACAAGCGGUCAAUACUGUCAAGGAUGGGCUUGCCCAACUCCAGCAAUCCCGGGGCCCCCACACCCCAGAAGAACAAAAACCCCCCGCGGUCGAGGAAACUCCCAGGGCCGCGCCCAAAGUCAAGCCUUUUGGCAAGACUCAACCAUCCCUUGGGGCCCCAGCCCCCAUCUUCCCUACAGGGGCCCCUAGGCGCAACCCCCUCACCCUUUUCAACCCCUAUCCCUCCUCUUCCUUCCCUUCUGGACCGGCUCCAGCCCCCCAAGGACCUCCACCAGCGCCUGUCGUUACCCCGGCGCAGCCUCCAGCCCCCUCCACUGUAAAGGUGGACCACCCAGAUGCCUUCAAAGGCAAGAUAGGCUUGGAGGCCAAGCAAUGGCUAACCCGCAUGUUGGCCUGGGUUCGCCUCAACCAGAGGCAGUUCCCCUCGGACUUGGAGGUCCUCAGCUUCCUUCUCAUGAACAUGGAGGAAGCAGCAGGAGCCUGGGCCCAUCCCCACUUGGACCAACUAGGGUCCCAUCGCGCACUCAUCCAGACCGUGGAUGAGUUCAAAGUUGAAUUCCUGGCGGCAUUUGGAGACCCGGACGCCACCAGAGCAGCGGAGCGGAAGAUCACUUCCCUCACCCAAUCCGGCACUUGUGCCGAAUAUAUUACUAAGUUCCGCACGCUGCAAAUGGAACUUGACUGGAACGACGCCGCACUUUGCGGCCAAUUUGCGCGCGGACUUCACUGGGAGGUCCAAAGACAGAUUGCCACAAGGGAAAGGCAACCCCGUACCCUGAGGGAGCUGCAAGAUGCUGCCCUCAUUAUUGACAACGCCCUCCGUGAGGAAAGAGCCAGCCACCCGCAACAGGGUAAUAAGUCUGGCAAAUCUUCUACCACCCCCAACCGGGGGGCGAGUACCGACCAACAGGCCACCAAAACCGGCCCUCUCUCUUCCAACCCCAACUACGUAUCGGAAGAAGAACGUAACCGCUGCCACGCAGAAGGCCUCUGUGUGAAAUGCGGAAGGGCCGGACACAAGUUUGCCGAGUGUAGAACCGGCUGGAAGGCUACCCCAAAGGAGGACAAGGGGAAAGCCAAGGAAACCGCCAAGAUUGGCAAAGACUCUGACUCCCAAUUGGGAAAAGAAAAUCAACCGCUAUUCACCAUUCCAAUUAAACCAGAGAAGCAAGCGGAACCACUAGAAGUCCUGAUUGAUUCAGGCGCCACGUCCUCAUUCAUGCACCCACGCACCGCGGAAUCACUCCACCUUCCACUCAUUGACCUCUCCACUCCCCGCACCGUUACAAUGCUCGAUGGGUCAAGCCCCCAGGCUGGUAAAAUCUGGAAAAAGGCUACUCUAACCUUCUCCUUGGAUGGUAAACAAAUGACCAAGACCUUCCUGAUCUGCAAUACAGGGUCUCACGCCGCCAUCCUGGGAUUGAAAUGGCUAAACAACCAUAAUCCGGAAAUCGAUUGGAAUCUACGCACGCUCUCCUUCCCCCACACGCCACCAGAACAUGUGGCAAUUGCCGAAGAGGAAGAAGCUGACAAAAAUCCCCUCAAAGGAGUACCCCCUGAAUACCAUCAGUACGCCAAGGUAUUUGGGGAAGAAGAAUUCAACAAGCUUCCUCCGCACAGGCAUUACAAUAUUGGUAUAGAACUUACAGAAGAAGGCCCCUUGAACUUGCCCCUGUACAGCAUGACCAAUGCCGAGUCCAUCACACUCAAGGACUGGCUCAGGGACGAGCUCAAAGCUGGGAAGAUCCGCCCCAGUAAAUCGUCAAUCAGCUCCCCUGUUAUGUUCGUACCCAAAAAGGAUGGUUCCCAUUGA